GGGCUGCAGAAAGGUAGAGGGAAAAGCCAGCUCCUGCGUACUGGUGGCCAGAACGUCUGCCCGAACGUUGCCUCGCCCGCGACCACCCACGCCGUCCCUCCAGGUCCGAGACUCCCCUCCUCUUCCCUAGGAUGGGCCUUUUGUGCAGUCCGUCACCACUCUGCAUUGAGAGUCCCACGGAAAGUCUCGGGCGAGUCAAGUGUCCUCGGGGGCGGGGCUUGACGGGAUAGGCGGAGCCAAGCCCUCCCAGGGACCGCCCCUUGGUUGAGUGAUUGGAUGCUGCGGAAGGCCCCCUUCUGGGCUGUCCAGGGGAGUGACCGGUGGCCAGGGGACAGUCCCUAGCGCGCAGUGUGCGGGAUGCGGGGGACUCCAGCCUGCGGGGGGCACCUCGCGCCCCAGUGGCCUCGAGGGCCGGAUUGCCCCCAGCGAUUUGGGCGCCCUGGAGUGCUGCAAGCCCGUGGUUUCUCGUGUCGAAGUGUGUUUCUGAGCUCGCUGGAAUUCCGAGAGCAUUUGGGAAACUUCUCGCCUCUACUCCUUGCUCCCAGCUUUCGGAACCAUACCUACAGAGGAGUAUAGAGGGGUUACAAUUACACUUCCUGGGAGGCCAGUCAUUCUGAUGGGGGCCUGAAGGACUUUGUUGCCCACCCCCCCUGCUGUGGGUCCCCUCUAAAGUAGCUGGGGUCUCAGAAGGCCUUACCACCCCCUGAGGAGCGGGCCAGCCAGGAAAGCUAUAAGGGAUGGCGUGGAGCCCACCCAGGGCCUGAGGAGUGAGCAUCAUCCAGGCUGUUGGACCUGGAGCCUCCAAGUUGGGGACUGCACCAUUGAGACCCAAGAAGAAUCAAUGCUUCGACCCUCCGCGACAUGUGCACGUUGUAAUGACAGGAAAUGAGCAGGUUUGCCGAGAAACUGUUCGCCUGAAAUUUAAGACGAAGGCGUCGUUGCUUGGCUCUGGCUGAGACCAUGGCCAAUGGCAUUGACGAGCUCAUCGGCAUUCCCUUCCCCAACCACAGCAGCGAGGUCCUGUGUAGCCUGAACGAGCAGCGACAUGACGGCCUGCUCUGUGAUGUGCUACUGGUGGUGCAGGAGCAGGAGUACCGCACCCACCGCUCCGUCCUAGCUGCCUGCAGCAAGUACUUCAAGAAGCUCUUCACGGCCGGCACUUUAGCCAGCCAGCCCUAUGUCUACGAGAUCGACUUCGUCCAGCCCGAGGCCCUGGCCGCCAUCCUGGAGUUUGCCUACACCUCCACGCUCACCAUCACCGCUUCCAAUGUCAAGCACAUUCUCAACGCUGCCCGGAUGCUGGAGAUCCAGUGCAUUGUGAAUGUGUGCCUGGAGAUCAUGGAGCCCGGCGGGGACGGCGGGGAGGAGGACGACAAGGAGGAUGACGACGACGACGAGGAUGAUGAUGAUGAGGAUGAGGAGGAGGAAGAGGAGGAAGAGGAGGAGGAAGAGGAGGACGAUGACACGGAGGAUUUCGCUGAUCAAGAAAACCUGCCUGACCCCCAGGACAUCAACUGCCGCCAAAGCCCUUCCAAGACGGACCAUCUCACGGAGAAGGCCUACUCGGACACACCCAGGGACUUCCCGGAUUCCUUCCAGGCUGGCAGCCCUGGCCAUCUGGGCGUGAUCCGGGACUUCUCCAUUGAGUCCCUGCUGAGGGAGAACCUGUACCCUAAAGCCACCAUCCCCGACAGGAGACCCUCCUUAUCUCCCUUCGCCCCAGACUUCUUCCCACACCUAUGGCCAGGGGACUUUGGUGCCUUUGCCCAGCUGCCCGAGCAGCCCAUGGACAGUGGGCCACUGGACCUGGUCAUCAAGAACCGGAAGAUCAAGGAGGAGGAGAAGGAGGAGCUGCCCCCGCCCCCACCCCCGCCCUUCCCCAAUGACUUCUUCAAGGACAUGUUUCCAGACCUUCCCGGGGGGCCGCUGGGCUCCAUCAAGGCGGAGAAUGACUAUGGUGCCUAUCUCAACUUCCUGAGUGCCACUCACCUGGGGGGCCUCUUCCCGCCCUGGCCACUGGUGGAGGAGCGCAAGCUGAAGCCCAAGGCCUCUCAGCAGUGCCCCAUCUGCCACAAAGUCAUCAUGGGGGCCGGGAAGCUGCCGCGGCACAUGCGGACCCACACGGGGGAGAAGCCAUACAUGUGCAACAUCUGCGAGGUCCGCUUCACCAGGCAGGACAAGCUGAAGAUCCACAUGCGAAAGCACACGGGGGAGCGGCCCUACCUGUGCAUCCACUGCAACGCCAAGUUCGUGCACAACUACGACCUCAAGAACCACAUGCGCAUCCACACGGGCGUGCGGCCCUACCAGUGCGAGUUCUGCUACAAGAGCUUCACGCGCUCCGACCACCUGCACCGCCACAUCAAGCGCCAGAGCUGCCGCAUGGCUCGGCCUCGACGGGGCCGCAAGCCCGCUGCCUGGAGGGCCGCCAGCCUGCUCUUCGGGCCCGGAGGCCCCGCCCCGGAGAAGGCGGCCUUCGUGAUGCCGCCAGCGCUGGGUGAGGUGGGUGGCCACCUGGGCGGGGCGGCCAUGUGCCUGCCGGGCCCCAGCCCCUCCAAGCACUUCCUGGCGGCGCCCAAGGGCGCGCUGAGCCUGCAGGAGCUCGAGCGGCAGUUCGAGGAGACGCAGAUGAAGCUGUUCGGGCGCGCCCAGCUGGAGGCCGAGAGGAACGCAGGGGGCCUCUUGGCCUUCGCACUGGCCGAGAACGUGGCGGCGGCGCGGCCCUACUUCCCUCUGCCCGACCCGUGGGCCGCGGGCCUGGCCGGCCUCCCUGGGCUCGCUGGCCUCAAUCACGUGGCCUCCAUGUCUGAAGCCAACAACUAGGCUGGUCCUUGUCGGCCCCAGUCCAGCUGUCCUGUCCCCUCUCCUUCCAGGCCCACACUGCCCCACCCAAUGGAUUUGAACUUUUUAUUUCAAAAUCACAAAGGAAAAAUGAAAAAAACACAUAUACCAGCAGUAAUGGUAUUUUCCGGGCCUCCUGAGGCAGCUUGCCUGCAUUUUACCUGUGUCUAAGAUGGGUGUCUCCUCCAGCAGGGGGCCUGGCCUCUCCCAGGCUGUCUGUCUCUGGCUCUCACACAGGAACUCAGGUGGGCCCAUGCCUCAGAGGAGGCCCACACUGGGUACCCUGGAGCGCUUUAGAGCUGUGUGCUGCUAGAUGUAAGGGGGUGGCUGGGCCAGAGGCAGCCCAAAUGGAGCAGGGAUGUGGGGAAGGGCCUGGGGCACACACCCUGGUUGAGCCCCAGGGCCCUCUGGCAGAGUCCCUGCUGACACUACUCUGUGGGUCAUCUUUCUAGUCUUCAGUGGCCCUGGGACCCUAUGGGAAAUGCCCUAUUGGCACAGAGGCUUCCUUGAGUCGGAGACAGAUGGGCCUCUGGAGUCCAGGCCCAUUUUCCCCUCACUGUCCUGUGACCUUGGACAGGCCAGCCCUCUGUACCCUGAUUUCACCCUACUUUGAAGGGGGGUGGUAAUUUAGUUUUCCCUCAUCUGCUCACCCACCCACAUAUACAUGCCUGGCCCUCCAAAGACAAUUCUUGGGAGGGUAGCAGCUUUGCACUCCUAAAGUCGCUGGUGAAACCGGCUGUCUUACCACAGUUAGUUUUAUCACAUCUACCUGUAUAUCAGCACAGGUGAGAAAUGUGGCCAAACUAGACACAGGGGCUGGGGCUUGUCUACAGCUCACGGGCAGCUUUGGGGAACGCUACAUAUUACCCUCCUCUCCUCUGGGCAGGCCACUGUGCAUGUCUGUACCCCUGGGAUGACUAGUUAGCACUUACCCCACCUCCACACAAGUCCAAAGCUGUUUGGAGUUUCUUGGGACUCCUAAGGCCAACAGAGGAGGGAUGGGGCCACCUCUUAACACCUGGCAACUGCCUCCCUCCACUCCGAUCCCUGGAAACAGGCAAAACCCCUGGUUCCCCAAGCUUAUCUGUUUGCUUUCGAGUUGUGGAUGUCUCAGGGCUUUGGCAUUGCUGGUGAUCCCCCCCCUCUGCUGUGUUUGAACACCCUCAACUCCUCCCUCCGCACUCUGGGAACCAAGCUGGAGAGUGUGUCUCCCCUCAGUGCAGGGAGGCCCGGCCUUGGCUCCAAUAUGGGUUUGAAGGGCUCUGUGAGUUGGGAGGUCCACACACUCUCCCUGGUCCUCGACUUUGUAGCAGGUCCUGAGAAGGAAGACAGCUCUGCUGGCCCAGUGCCUUCCUGAUCUUCUCUCCCCUUUCCUGACCUUCCCUCCCUUUUCUUGCUGAGCUUGCUUUGUUUCUCAGUAGCCGGGGAAAGAAGGAGCAUUCAUCUGCACAGAUUGCCCUGGGCUGGUGUCCGGAGCUAUGGGGGCCAGAGACGUCACUCUUCCUCUCGCCUUGGCUUCUUCCUGAGCAAACACACACACAAAAAAAAACAAAAAGGCCAGAGAAGACCACAGACUCUGUCACUCCCCCAGCUCCCAGAAGAGACCCCUGACGCCACAUACCACCAGAUGCCAUGCCAGCCGGAGGGAGUUCCUUCGGACGCCCUCUUGUCUUCAGAUGUCACCUGCCUGGGCAGAUGCCUCUUAGAUUCUUGUCUCCAUUUCAGUCACUUGCCAACAUGCCCAUGCCCCCGCAUCAGUCACGGGAUUGGGGCUGACCCAAACUUUAAAAGGAAACAAGGAAAAAUGAACACAUUGGAACCCGGUGGUGUUGGGGCUUUGGUUUUUAUUUUGUAAAGGUAAUGACUUCUUAUAAACUCAGUUUUUCAGAUGACUGGUUAGUUCUCUUUGUUUUCUCUUGGCUGCAGUUUGGAGUUGUACAUUGUAAAAUAUCCAAAGAUGCUGAGUACUGUAUGUUCAAUAAGAACUUGAAGCAAAUGGGUUGUGGGGUGGGGUGGGAGGUGUGUUUUGUUUUGUUUCCUUUUUUCUUUUUUUUUUUUGAGUGGGGGGAUGUUUCGAUUUCCCUGUCUGUCUGUGGGAGAACUUUGGAAUUUUUUCUAUUUAUAACUCUUUUUUUAUGUGAUUGAUUGCUUUCUGUAAAAUGACACUCAACAAAGUUUGCCUUAGUGAUUCAAGGGACAAUCUUCCAUACCUUUGGUUGCACGCCGCAUCCCGCCGAGAAAAGCUCUCAGCUAAUUUUCUGGCCUAUUUAUUAAACAGUAUUAAUUGACUUGAUUAAA